AUGAUCCAUUCAGUGUUAAUAUUUAAUAAUGAUGGAUUACCCAGAUUAAUGAAGUUUUAUACUCCUGUUGAUCUUCCAACUCAACGAUUAUUAUUACAACAAGUCUAUCAAUUAAUAUCGAUCAGGACUCCUCAGGAGUGUUCAUUCAUAACUCCACCUUCGUUGCUUGAAGAUGUGGAUGAUAUCAAAGUGAUAUAUCGACAUUAUGCCACCCUUUAUUUUGUAUUUAUAGUUGAUGAUCAAGAAUCUGAACUUGGGAUAUUAGAUUUAAUUCAAGUGUUUGUGGAAUGUUUAGAUAAAUGUUUUACAAAUGUAUGUGAGUUAGAUUUAGUAUUUGGAUGGCAAGUACUUCAAACUGUAUUAGAAGAGAUUGUUCAAGGUGGGAUGGUGAUAGAUACUAAUAUUAGUCGAAUAGUGGCUGCCGUUGAUGAAGCAAAUAGUCAAAAGAGUUCCGCUGUUACUAGUUCAAGUAGUGGAUUAAGUUCAACUAUAUUACAAGCCAUAUCAAGAGAUAGAGGUUUUUGGGGUGGUCGUUAA